ACCCAAGCUGCAACACAAAUUCACCACAACAAUUCCAACAAAAACCAAACAUUUUCUCUUUAAUUUAGUAGUAUUCACUUUUGUCUCUGAGAAUCUUUGCUUAUUCUCUCUCAUUUUCUUCUUUCUUUCUUCACUCGAUCAAUAUGGCCCCUAAUAUGUUGACAAGUGUGACUGCCAAUGGCACCAUGGGUGAACAACAACGCAAAGCUUCAAGUCGUGCCUUCGUGACUUUCCUUGCUGGAAAUGGUGACUACAUUAAAGGAGUGGUGGGUCUGGCCAAAGGGCUGAGGAAGACUAAGACCAUCUACCCUCUUGUGGUUGCUGUCCUGCCUGAUGUCCCUCAAGAACACCGCAACAUCCUCAAAUUUCAAGGUUGCAUUGUUAGAGAGAUCGAACCUGUUUACCCUCCCGAGAAUCAAACCCAGUUUGCCAUGGCUUAUUAUGUCAUCAACUACUCUAAGCUCCGUAUUUGGGAGUUUGUGGAGUACAAGAAGAUGAUCUACUUAGACGGUGACAUUCAAGUAUUUGCCAAUAUUGAUCACUUAUUUGACCUUCCUGAUAACUACUUCUACGCUGUCAUGGACUGCUUUUGCGAGAAGUCAUGGAGUAAAACCUCUCAGUACAAAAUUGGUUAUUGCCAACAAUGUCCUGAUAGGGUUCAAUGGAAAUCUGAGCUUGGUCCUAAACCUCCUCUCUAUUUUAAUGCUGGCAUGUUUGUUUAUGAGCCUAAUUUGUCUACUUAUUAUGACGAUUUUCUGAAUAUGUAUUUCAAGGAAAAGUAUAAGCCUAUACCUAAUGUGUACAACCUUGUCUUAGCUAUGUUGUGGCGUCACCCUGAGAACGUCGAACUUGAGAAAGUGAAAGUGGUUCACUAUUGUGCUGCUGGGUCAAAGCCAUGGAGAUACACCGGCAAGGAGGAGAAUAUGGAAAGGAAAGACAUAAAGAUGUUGGUUAAGAAAUGGUGGGAGAUAUAUGAGGAUGAGAAAUUGGAUUACAACAACGGUGUGGAUCGUUUCAAGUCAGCACUU